AGCUGUCUGCAAAGUGAAAAAGAAAUACAAUUGUUGAAUAGUUUAUAAAUCAAAUAUUUCAAAAUGAAUCUAAUCAGCGGCAUUAAAUUGUACAUUGAAAAAAUGUGCAGUGAGUCUGGUCCCGGCAUGAAAAUUAUUUUACUUGACAAGGAUACGACUAGUAUUAUUUCAAUGGCAUUUAGUCAAUCGGACAUGCUGCAGCGCGAAGUAUACCUGUUCGAGCUUCUUGACUCUGUGCGUUCGAAUGAACGACUGAAGUAUUUGAAAUGUAUUGUCUUCGUCCGCCCCACAAAACAGAAUAUCCAGUUUCUGGCUAAUGAACUACGUAAUCCCAGAUAUAGCGCUUAUUACAUAUAUUUCAGCAAUAUCAUACCAAGAACAGACAUCAAGUAUUUGGCAGAAUGCGAUGAAUCAGAGUCAGUAAGAGAGGUUAAAGAGCUCUAUGCGGAUUAUUUGUGCGUCAAUCCUAAUCUAUUCUCACUCAACAUUCCCCAUUGCAUGGCUAAUUUGAAUUGGCUGCCGGAUGCAUUAACCCGUAGCAUGCAGGGCACAACAGCUGUUUUGCUCUCCCUGAAAUUGAAUCCCGUAAUACGAUAUCGGGCUGGCUCACAAGCUGCCCAAUUACUGGCUAAGAUGAUCUAUGACCAAAUUACCAAAGAGUCCACUCUCUUCGACUUUAGGUCGAAUGUUGAUGGUGCUGCUCCUCCAUUACUGUUGGUAUUGGAUCGACGGGACGAUCCAGUGACACCAUUGCUGCAUCAGUGGACUUAUCAGGCCAUGGUACACGAGCUUUUGCAGAUAAGAAAUAACCGAGUAGACCUUUCCGGUCGUCCCAAUGUGCCCAAGGACUUUAAGGAAUUAGUCCUUUCUGGCGAUCAGGAAGAUUUCUAUGGAAAUAAUAUGUAUGCAAACUAUGGCGAGAUUGGCUCUACCAUUAAACAGUUAAUGGAGGAGUUCCAGCGCAAGGCUAAUGAUCAUAAAAAAGUAGAAAGCAUAGCUGAUAUGAAGAACUUUAUUGAAUCGUAUCCCCAGUUCAAAAAAAUGUCUGGCACGGUACAGAAGCAUCUGUGUGUUAUUGGAGAAUUAUCGACGAUAUCGAAUAAGCGCAACCUCUUUGAGAUAUCUGAGCUGGAACAGGAAAUGGCCUGCAAAGCUGAGCAUUCAGCCCAAUUGCAGCGUAUUAAGAAGCUCAUAGCCGACGACCGAGUAACCAUUGAAGACGCCCUUAAGCUGGUAUGUCUCUAUGCGCUGCGCUACGAACGACAUGCCAACUGUGACACCUCCAGCCUGUUACAAAUUAUUAAAACGCGCGGUGGAUGUCCGCAAAUUGUGCCCGCUCUGAUAGAAUAUGCUGGUACACAUGUACGUCAGGGAGAUCUCUUCAAUAUGGUGCGCAUUACGGAUGCGGUCAAGUUGACGAGAAACCUGAUUAAGGGCCUGAAAGGAGUAGAAAAUGUCUUCACCCAGCACACUCCCCUACUUAAGGAGACUUUAGAGGAUGUUUUUAAAGGCCGUGAACUGGAUCCUGUCUAUCCGGCCAUAAAUUCAGAGCUUGUGCCAUUCCGUAGACCUCCACAAGAGGUGAUUGUCUUCAUCAUUGGCGGCGCCACCUACGAAGAAGCAUUGGCUGUCCAUCAGCUAAACAAUGCUGGCUACAAAAUAAUUUUAGGUGGCACCACCAUACACAAUUCCCAGUCAUUCAUCAACGAAGUCCUAACCGCUACCAAUGGCAUACAGUUUAAGCAUACCAAAUCAAUGAUUAAAUACUGCUCCACCGACAAUCUGUAGAGUGGAGAGUAAGAACAGAUGACUACCAAACAUUAUUGUUAACUAUUUAUGAUUCAAAGUACAUCUAGAUGUAUGUACUUAUUUAUGUGCAAAUUGUAACCAUCAUAAUUAUUUUAAGUUUACUGCUGUUAUACUAUUUAAAAAACAUAUACCCCCA